UUAAGGAAUACGAACAGAUAAUAAGCACAGACGCAUUCCAAGUAUUAUAAAGCCAAUUACAUAAAAUGUGGCAUGAGUUUGUAGUCUUGUGUCUGGGCCACUCGGACUCGGUGGUGGAGUUAGCUUAUAAUACGGACUACGAUAAUGGGUACCUACUGGCCUCAGCCGGGCUGGAUGGAGUUGCAACACUGAGGCACGGCGACACUGGCAACUGGAUUACCAACCUAACAAAGCACACGGACAGUGUGUGGUCGGUGUCCUUGAGCAACGAUGCCAAGAUCCUGGCCAGCGGCGGUGCAGACUGCAAAGUUCGAAUCUGGGAUGCACUGCUGGGCAAGCAGCUAAAGAAGCUAACGCAUGCCAAUACAGUGGCGUGUGUGGACUUGAAUCCGCAGGCCACUCGCCUGGUGACCGGCUGCAUCGAUGAGAAAUCCUCACUCGCCCUCUUCGACAUGGAACAAUCGGACAAAGCUCCCCUGAUGGAGUUCCAUGGCCACAAGCGCGGUGUGAGGGAUGUGACCUUCUGUGUGGACGAACGCUGCAUCCUCUCCGCUUCCUAUGAUCGCACGGUGAGGAUGUGGGACUGCCAGAGCGGCAAGAGAACGAACUCCAUUUUCCUGCCGCACCACGUCAAGUCAAUGGAGCUGCACCACAGCGGCAAUAUAGUGACCAUUGCCUAUGCCGGCGGUGUGAUCUUCCUGGACCCCAAGAGACUCCAAGUGCUCAAGCACCGCAAAUUUCCCUACAAGGUGACUGCGGCCUCGCUGAGUCCCAACAAGGAUAUCUACGUGUGCGGCAACAGGAAGGGCUACUCCUACAAGUACGACUAUGCCACCGAUGUGAAUAUGCAGCUCUUCGUAUCUGAGAAACCAUCCGCUGUGCUGGCACUGAGAUUCAGUCCGGAUGGCGAAGUGUGUGCCAUUGGCUUCGCAGAUGGCAGUGUCAUUCUCUGGCGAAUGAACCAGAAAAGGUCAUCCGAAGAUGAAGCGGAUGUGGAGGAGAAUGAAUCCAUCAGUUGAAUACGGAAUAUCACACCCCACGCACAACUGUACACCGUUUUGA